UCACUAUUUUUCAGUUUCAAACCAAAAUAAUGAGCAGGAUUAAUCAGAUAAGAGCAUAAAAGAUAACCACUCAAACCAGUCAUCGGAUCUUCCACCAACGAAAAUUCGAUGGACCUUCAACCGCCCUGCAACAUUUUCUCUACCUCAUAUCACCGGAGUCCGUCAGUCUUCCGGCAAUGCUCCCCGUCUAGAAAUACAGCCAGCUACGCCGCGAAUAAAUAUCGCCGCAGUACGACGUCGUCGGAGCUUCAAGUUUCACCCGAAGUACCCCGUUCCCAACGCAUUUCUGUAGCGUCGUCUGCUCCGAGACAUAAAGUCACCGUUCACGACAGACAACGAGAUGUUGUUCACGAAUUCUACGUUCCAGAGGAUCAAUACAUAUUACACACAGCUGAAGCACAGGACAUAUCACUUCCAUUUGCUUGCAGGCACGGUUGUUGUACUAGUUGUGCUGUUCGUAUAAAAUCAGGAGGACUUAGACAGCCUGAAGCAUUAGGGAUAUCAGCAGAACUGAAAGCUAAGGGUUAUGCACUCCUUUGUGUUGGUUUCCCAACUUCUGAUGUUGAAGUUGAAACACAAGAUGAGGAUGAGGUAUAUUGGCUUCAAUUUGGACGAUAUUUUGCACGAGGACCUAUUGAAAGGGAUGACUAUGCACUUGAACUAGCCAUGGGUGAUGAGUAAGCUCCUAAUUAAAUUGUAAAUUAUAAGCAAAAACUAUUAGUUAAUUUUCUUUUGUUAUUCCUAUCUUUUUUAAACACACUUUAUAUUGUUAGGAUAUUUGAGAAGCUUUGUACUUAUAUAUAUACAUGACACAUUUGGCCU